AAGAAUCAUAUUCGAUGACAUAUAUGCGACAUAGUAAAAGAUAGCAUCCUUAAAUCUUGUAGUACUCUCCCUUGUUUCAUCUAUUCUAAUGGCUGAGAAGAAUAAAGAAAAAGAGCUCUCUGAGGAAUCACCUAUGGAGCCAUUAAACAUAAUAGGUUUCCCCGGACAUGCAACUGGAAAAACUUCAUGGGCUGAGGUUGUAGGGCUGACAGCAGAGGAAGCAGAAAGAAAGAUAAAGGAAGAGAUGGCUGGGGUUCAGAUUCAGAUAGUUCCACAAGAUGCUUUUGUAACCAUGGAUUACCAGUCGAACCGAGUUCGUAUUUUUGUUGAUUCCUCCGGAAAAGUUACUAAACCACCAAGAAUUGGUUAAUAUUUUAUCAGCUUUCUCCCAGUACUAAACUAUGUAAUCUUGUGAUUUAGAAAUACUAAUGUAUCAAAUAAAUGCUCUAUGCUGCUGCUUUAUUUAAGAAACGAUAUGUUUAUGGUAAAAUUAAUGUUUUGA